AAUACAUAGGUAAUUUUCAAAAGAAAUGGAUUUGGUUUUGAAGUGUUUGGGAGUCAGGUCGUAGACUUAUGAUCGACAACAAAAGACUUUCUACUAAAAUAACAGGCCCUUCAUGCACAGUUGUUUCUGACAAACCAGUAGUUACAGUCGGCCGUAAAAGCCAUAUCCCUGUAGACGUAUGUCUUGACGAUUCUGAAUGUGUAUCGCGCAAGCAUCUAGAAAUACACAGAAAAAACAAGGAUAUAUAUCUUAGAUGUCUUAGUAAAAACGGAAUAUUUAUAGAUGGAUCCUUUCAUACUGGGAGGCCGGAUUUCGUUCUUUUAGUUGAUGGGUGUAAAUUAAGGUUUCCGAGUACAAACAUCGUAAUUAUUGUGGAAGUGGUCGAACUUGAACCCUUUUGUCACCCUAAAAAGCGGGCAUCUUGGAGAUCUUCACUUGAUCACACCAAUCGUGGCAAGCCUACAUUGAGUACUGAUCAAAACAAUAGAAAUAUGACAGAUCCACUAAUUUCACCAAUUCUAACGUCCAAAGGAUUUGAAGAAAACUCCCAUUCUUCAUUUUGUUUUGAGUCCGGGAAUUGUCGAAAUACUCCCGAAGAAAGACAUGAUGUUUCAUUUAACAACUUAAAAAUUGAUUGUCAGAAUACUAUUCCGGAUUUAUCCCUUAACAGUCUUCAGGGUUCAGCCACCUCAAACUGUGCAUUAUUACCGGUUGAACCAUUAUUUGUACAAUCAGAUCAAAAUUUCAAUAUUCCAGCCAUCAGAGCAGCUACAACAGUCCUUCAGAAUCUUAUUCAAAAUGAUAAUCAAUCUAAAUUCUUAAAUAUCGAUGGUGAAUCACUGUUUCAAAGCGAAAAUUCAGAUGUUGUAACUAAAAUGAAUCAUAUCGCAAGAUUGUUUGCUUUUAACUCACUUGCACAGCUAUCCCAGUUGGAUGCACACAAAAGUAGUACUCUAACAUUAUCUAACUUAGUGAAUUUUCCUUCUCAUCAGCUAUAUGACUCCAGAUCAACUGAGCUCAAUUGUUCUACAUUCAACCCUGGCUUAUCAGAUUUAACGAAAAAUCCCUUCGUAUUGUCAUCUAACUCUCCGGAAUCUCAAUUAAAAAAAUCCGAUAUCAUUGAACAAAACACCUUGACAGUAGAUGAUUUAGAUGACACUGCCGAUUCAAGUGUAGCUGCAAUACACCAGAACGUCACAGCAUAUUGUGGUGAUGAUCAUAAUGACGAUGGCAAUAAUAAUAAUAAUGGUUGCACUAUUCAAGAAAGCGAAUCAACUAUUAAUAAGUUAGCUGCAAAUUUAGCUUCAACAACCGCAAUUGAUCGGGGCUCAACAUUUCGUAAACCGCCUUAUUCUUAUGCUCAAUUAAUUAUUCAAGCUAUUGCAUCGGCACCUAAUCAACGUCUAACUUUAGCUGAUAUUUAUGCUCAUAUUUCAAAAACAUUUCCAUAUUAUAAACCACAUGAAAAAGGUUGGCAGAAUUCAAUACGUCAUAAUUUAUCAUUAAAUCGUUAUUUUAUCCGUGUACCACGUUCUCAAUCGGAACCUGGUAAAGGUGCAUUUUGGCAAUUAGACCCUUAUUGUGAAACAUGUUUAAUUAGUCAAGCAUUUCGUAAACGUCGUCAAACGUCAUCGAAGUCAUCAUCAUCAUCAGCUGAUUUAAAUCAAACUAAUAAUCCCAAUAAUAAUGCUAAUGACGAUAGUAAUAAUGAUCAAAAUCAGUAUGACGGUGACGAUGAUGAUGAUGUUGUCGACGAUGAAGAACAACAACACCAAGAAAAAAAAGAAGGUGAACAAAGAAAUGUUUUAAACGAUAAUAGCAACAACGAGAAUAGUAUUGAUAAUAAUACUAUUGAUGUUAAUAAUUCUGCAUUUCCUGUAACAUCUCGUGAAUUAUUUUUCAAUGAUAAUAGUCAACAUAAUCCAUUAGAUAAUAACACAUAUAUUGGUAAUGAUAGUAAUGCCUCAGCUUCUCAAUGUGUUUUUGUACAAUCGAAUUAUUGUUUAAAACAACAAAAUCAUCACUUGCAAAAUGUACAAUCGUUACUUCAUCCUCACUCUUUUUGCUUGUCAAAUUCAUUAUCAUCGUUAUCAACACCAUCAUCACCAUCGUCGGUCAUGUUAUCGUCAUUUGGUGAUCACCAACAACGCCAGGAUGAGUCUGGUGCAGUGUUACAUUAUUCAAAUAGUUUACCAACAGCCAAUGGAGAUCGGUAAGAUUUACUAUUUUAUGUUCCCAUUAAUAUGUAUUUGUGAAAAGAUACGUGUAGUACAUCCGCCUUUCAAUGUUCAGUAUAUAUGCGGAUAGCAAAAGUUUCUGGGUAAUUUUCUGUCCAUUUAGUAAGUGAGUGGUACAUAUAAGAGCAUAAUUUCUACUGAGGAUUUCAUUAUAAGCUGUAACUUCGCGUUUUUUUAUCUGGAAAGUUGGGUUUGGGCUACAAUGACGUGUUCAUAAAAGACAUAUGUGGAAAGCGUUAGAUUAUUAAAACGAAACUUUCAGUGAAAAUUGCACUCUUAUAUUCACCAUUCACUCACUAAAAGAACGAAAACAAUUCUCGAAAAUACUAGAUAUCAAACUUUUAUUGAACUAUGAAGAAAGGAUGGUUAACCUCACACGUAUUUAUACUGUUGAGAUGAUUGUGUUUUGAUACAAAAAUUAUUGGUCGAAAACAAAAUAAUGGUCACUGGGAUAUGGCCCCCAAAUGCCGUGGUACGACCGAGGGUGUAAAGAGUCAGCUCUUCCUCUCGAAAUGCCCUUACAUGGCCACUGCCAGGGAAGUCCUACUCACUUACUUCUCGCACCACGGGUGUUGUUUACGAAAUUGAAAGGAUGAAAAGCGAACAUAUGGCGCUUUGACCGGUUUGUUGGAUACGGAGGAUUCACCCAGGGGGGUGGAAAAUCCUGAUUCCAAACCAAUGGUGCACAGAAGCUCCAGGAUUCUGAGGGAACAAAUGGUGUAUGAACAUAUUGUUGGUCACCAGCUUCCAUGGGACUACAUCUUCUAACGUGGCUCCACUGCUUUGUGGAUUAGGUCUCUAGGUUAAAGGCUCGAGGAGUAGCUCACUAAGAAAAGCAUCUGUUUCGGUCUGAGCACCCGGGGAAUAUCACAGCCCACACAAAAAUCAGAUGAUUUAUGUGGCGCCUAUGUAUUUGGUGCCUCUCUGUACCAAUAUCUAUGUGUUCAAAUAAAUAAAUAACAAUAACUGGAAUAUGAAAAAGUUUUAACUGAGGUAGACAUGUGAUAUUUGGUAAUAAGAUAUGACUUCACUUAUAAUACAUAACCUGUCCACUUCUUUAUUAUAAAUGUCCAUACGUCUCACAAUAUAUUCAUUUAUUAAGUACAAUGGAUUUGUGUAUUUGAAUUCAUAUUUUUACAUUUCGUUUAGGAUGUAUAGCUGAGUUAAACUGUUCUGUCCACGUUCUGAUAGAUCACUUUAGAAUAGAGGAAUCAAUGGUUGAUUAUAACCGUCAAGUCACAAGUUUUAAUCCCACUAUCGAACUACUUUAGUUUGAUCAGUCGGGUAAUAAGUGCUACAUUCCUUGACAUAGAAAUUAGUAUCCCAACGAAGCUGAACAAAUAGAUGCGUACUUCGUAAAUGCUUUACGUCAAAUUAAAUUUUAGGGAAAUUACUAUGUCCAAGUGUGUUUAGUGGUGUAUAGUCUCUUCAUCAUCACAUUUCCCAAUUCAUGGUAUAUUGUUUAGUUGAAAUAAUGAGUAGAUUUAUAGAAAUGUGUUGAGGGCUAUUGAUAAUUAAGUGAUAAACAGCUUUCACUUAUAACUACUGAUUUAAUUAAGUUAUUAGUUGGGGUUUGUCAGUUAUACGCAAUGUGGAACCUGGCAUAUUUGCACAUUUCAACUUGCCACACUACAUUAACACUGCGACAUAAAAUUAUCAAGACCAAUCCUAAUAUUUUGGAAAUAUUAACGGUAUCAUCAGUAAAAGAAAAGUUUACACAUAAAUAACGUAAUUCAAGACGAGGGUCUGAAUUCGUGGAAUUG